GUAUCAAAGCAGAGUACAUGAUAUUCAUUAGCUUAUUUCAACAUGGCUAGUGUCUCAAAGAAAAUAUUAGAUGAAAUUAAGGAAGAAAUAGCUUCAGUUGUAGUGAGCGAAGCUGGAGCUGUAGAUGCUAGCCUUAUAAGAUCGAAAUACAAAACCCUUUAUGGCAAAGAGAUUCCAAAACAAAUUAAAAUUACAACGUUUAUCAAUCAGGAAAUGGGAAAUGAUUUUGAUGUCGUUCAACAAGGAAGUACGACUUACAUAAAAUCAAAGACGAAAAAAAAGAAAGAAGACAUUGAUACAAAGACGAGUGAAGCAACAGUUAAAUGCAACGAUGAUUUGAAAGAAGAUGAACGUAUUUCCAUUCUCGUCAGAAUGUGCAAACUGACGACAAAAUUUUAAAUGUGAAAGCAGCACUAGAUAUUGAAAGCAACAAACUUUCAAAACGCAGCUCAAUCCAAAACAUUGCACAUUUCCCCUCUCUGUCAUACCCAAACUAGCCAGACUGCAAAUUUUCGUGCCAUUGGCAAUGUAAUGCCAAUGAAUACGUUUAACCCACCCAGUUAUUUUCAUCCAACUACAGAGCCUGAUAUCAAAUUAGAGGUGGAAAGAAUAAUUGAAGAAAUAUCCAAAGAUCAUUUUGUUCAUGUGGAUCUAGUGAAGGAUAGACUUUUUCAAAAACACAAAGUGAAGAGCCCUCGAGAACUAGGAUAUUAUAGAAAGGUGGAUGAAAUUCCUGGAAUUAAAGAUCUAAUAAGAAAACAUCGUGAGGUGAAUGCCUCAAUUCAAGCAUUUGUCGUAGUUCGCUCAGUCUGCACUAUCCAUGAAUUGGACAAACAUCUAGCUAGUCUUUUUCCUGAAGCUCGAAGUUAUUUGGACAUAAAACUUGGUCCCCUGGUUAAACAUCCUCUGGUUUAUGAGUACUUUAAGUUUCCUGCAAUUUUAGAGCCUCCAGAAAUUACAACUUUAAAUGUUAUGAGAUAUUUAAAGCAAUUCAUGCAUAAUAAUGGUUGGUCAAACAAAGACUUGUCAGAAUUUCUCGAAUAUUUGCGAGAGCAAUUAAGUUGUGAAAUAUAUGAUCUUGGUAUAAAGAUUGAAAGCAUUGCUUUAAUAAUCAAGAGUGUCAAAAGAUGUUGUUCUACAGAAAGUGUUGUUAGAAGAGAUGCAGAGGAAAAGUUGAUGCAGGAAAUCAGCGAUGAUAUUGAGCAGCAAAUGUCACGAAUCAAGAAAAAACUAUUUGAUCCUAAUGAUCCAAAAAAUUCCGAUGCAUUGGCUAACAAACUGACUGGCCUGUCUCCUGUGGAAAUUCUGCAGAGGCUAUUCGGAUAUUGUGAAAAAUUUUUCCAAGGAAACAUUAAAACUAGAAUUACAGAGUUCGUUACAAUUUGCACUUUUGAUAAACCGAGUCGUAAACUUUUCCAGCUUGCUUUACAUCAUGCUUGUUAUGACUUGGUUAAACCUCCUGAGGAUUUUCAAAAAUCAAAAACUUCAACAGUUCACUCUGUUGACACACGCUCGACAAAGGAAAUGACAGACGAAAACCCAUCUUCAAUGACUCCAAAAGAAGGAGAUCUAGUUCAUGAAAUAAAGCAAUGGCUACUCAGUGGAAAUUCGUCAAGACCGAAAGAUCUAAAGCUGCUUGCAAGGGUUGAAGAAAACGUUUUGUCUAAUUAUAAAGGAUUUGUAGCAUUUGAAGAUUUUGGUUACGGAUCUUUUUUGCACUUUCUAACAAAACACAAGGAAAUAGAUGAUCUGGUUGCUUUUUCAAAUCGCGUGAAAGAUAUUGGAUUUGGUGUGUCGCAGGCAGAGAUCGUAAAUUUUAUACGACAUUGUUGUGUUGAUUCCGACAAGAUUAAACUUCGAAGAGCAAUCCAUGCACAAUAUGGAGAUCUUGCUGCUAACCUUGAUGAUGAGCUGUUGGAAAAUUUAAUUAGUCAAGCAAGCGAACAGAGGUCGAAACAGACAGGAAAGCCUUCAAUAUAUUAUGAAGCUUGUUUAGAGAUGAGUCCCUUAAACAACGAUUCAAGUCAAGUUGGCCUUUUGGGACAUCAAGAUGAGCAGAAUGUCUUAAAUUGCUUGCACCAAACACCAUUGCUGGAAGACUUUGCAAUAUGGUCUGAAUGGGAUAGUGUAUUUGCUCCAGUGUAUGGUAAACUGAAGCCAUUCCUCAAAAAAUAUUCAUCGCAACAGAUCAAUGAAGUGAAUGAUCAUUACCAACUAAAUGACCUUAUUGCCAUGGAAACACCUUCUGGAAAAUUGUUGAGGAUAACACGCAUAACUUCCUUGAGUCAAUUUUUAAACUGUGCAAAGUGUUGUGAUGUUAUAGGAACAGUUGGUCAUUUGAUUUCAUUAGUAUGUCAUUAUGGAGCAGUUGAAAAAUCACCUCUUUCUCUUUUAGCCAGUCAUAUGAAAGAAGCAUAUUUGAAUCUAAGUGUUCAAAAUAAGAAUGAAUCAGAUUUAUUUAGGUUUGUUAUUCGAUGCUUGUGCCGUGUCCCAAGUGUUCUACGUCACAGCUUGUCGAUGAAAAUAUUUGUGGAACCAUUAAAAUCAAUAUUUGGAAAUGGCCAAACACCAAGUCUGCUUUUGCAUUGGUGCAAGACAAUUGAUGAGAAUUGCACACUUCACUAUCUUGGAAUUCACUUUGGUGUCCCAGAGUGGCAAGAAGAUUUCAAGAAAAAGUUUGAUGUUCCCACCGUAGUGGCAGCCGUUGAAAAACCAUUAGAAAGCAACAAAGUGGAUUUUGACAAAUCACACGAUGAACUGCAGUCUAUAGAUUUAAAUAGUGAAGACGAAAAAAUUGCAAUGCAGCCAACUGAUGAUUUUGAACAUGAAGAUGGACCAACAAGUAGCAAUACAGGGCUGAUUGACAAUUAUACUGAAAUCCAAGAAAACGAGCAAAUAACAACUGAUCUUACCCAAGACAAAGAUAAAUGCAGAGCAGUGGUUGAAUCAAUUCGUCGAGAUGAUUUUGGUAUAGGCAUCGAGCUGCCACCUGAACACAAACACGUGAUGGAAAAUCAAAGAUCACGUGAAGGACGCGGUUUGCAUCGGUUAUCAAGCGAGCUAUACUCCAAAGAUACUCACUUUGUGUUGGAGUUAGUACAAAAUGCUGAUGAUAAUUGUUAUCCUGAUAAUUUACCUCUUCCUUCCAUUCUUUUUGUGAUAAACGUCGAAAAGAUCGAGGUCUUCAAUAACGAGGUUGGGUUUCAGGAAAAAAAUAUACGGGCAUUAUGUGAUGUUGGUAAAAGCACAAAAGGAAAACAGCGAUAUGGCUACAUUGGUCAGAAAGGCAUUGGUUUCAAAUCAGUAUUUCGAGUUACUGAUACUCCUCAAGUUCAUUCAAACGGUUAUCAUAUUAAAUUUGAUGCAAAAAGUGGCCCCACUGGUUUUAUCCUUCCUCAUUGGUGCGAAAGUCAAACAGAUGUGAACCUUGAAAAAGGAUGGACAACACGCAUUUUAUUACCAUUAAAAGACGACAUGAAGGUUUCUCAAAAGAAGACUUUGAUUGCUCGCUUUCACGAUAUUCAACCGUCUCUGUUGCUAUUUCUUAGAAGACUGAAAAAGAUUACAAUAAAUGAUGAGGAUUCAGGCAAAAUACGUGAAAUGGUUCGACAUGAUUGUGGUGAUAAAUUGAUUGAAAUCAAACAUUCAAAUGGCAAAGAUCUUUGGUUUGUUGUAAAGAAGGAACUACCAGCAUCUAUGAUAAAGGAAGAAAUUGAGAGUACUGAAAUAGCUUUGGCUUUCCCACUUCCACCUCGAAAUGCCAACUCACAAAUUUCUUUACAUGACAUAAUAUCUUUUAUUCAUAACAAGUCGUUAGUCCAGCAACCCGUGUUUGCAUUUCUUCCGUUGCGGAGCUACGGAUUUCGUUUUAUCAUUCAAGCUGAUUUUGACGUUCCAUCAUCAAGGGAAGACGUAGACAAAGACAGUGCAUGGAACCAAUGGCUUCGUCAGGAGAUUGGCACUCUUUUUGUGCAAGCAUUUGAUGAGUUUAAGAUCCACGAUUGUUUUGAUAGCGUUGCUUCGAUAAUUCUUCUUUUACAAUUUGUACCACUUGAGGAUGAAAUCUUGGAUUUUUUCAAACCAAUAUCACAGACAGUUAUUGAUGGUAUAACUAGAAAAGAAUGCAUACCAGUCAUGACCGUACGCACGGAGAACGAAUCCUUGUUCGACACAGAAAUAAUUCAUGACAACACGACAGUUGCAGUUGAUGAUAAUAAUGGCGAAAUGAUAAAUUGGGCAUUCCCCUCUCAAGUUGUAAUUGCUGAAGAUUACGUAAUAGAAGAAGUUAUUACUCCUCGUAUCCUGAAUGGUUAUUUAAACAAGCACUUUCUUCAUCCCAAACUGAAGCCAUAUCUUCAUGGUCCAUUACGAAGAAUUCUCGGCAUUGAAAGCGUAUCUUCUCAACAUUUGAUCGACAUUGGUAUGGCGAUCGCAAGCGAAGUGGAAGGUACAAUUGAAAACAAUCAUCUGAAAAAGUGUGAAAUUUUUUCGAAAAAUUUGCUUGUUGGGUGGCGAAGUGGCUCUGCUGUAUUUAUCGAUGUUUGGAACGUGAAAGAGACUGCAGUGAUGAGAGUUUGCAAAAAAUUGCAGAGAUUAAUAUAUUUCCUCUUUGCAACCAAACUCUCAGUUCAGUCCAUGACAAAGCCGUAUUUCUUCCUCUUAUCUAAAAAAAUAGCCGAUAUAGUUUACAACGAACUGCGUUCACUUCAUCCUAUGAUUUUGGAAUGUCUUGAUGAUGUUGAGCGAUCCCAAGUAAGAAAAUUAUUGGAAAGAUUGCAAGUGAAAUGCUUGUCUGCAAGAGAUUUGAUCAAGCAUCAUAUCAUUCCUAUCCUUAAAGAGUCUAACAGCAAAUCGCAUACUGCGCAUGUCCACGGUGACCCUCCACAUGUAAUCCACAGCUAUUUGAUUUACAUUAAAGAGAAUCUUGAAUUGGAUCCAGGUGCUUGUGAUAUGGGUGAACUCCGUUCCUGUGCAUUGGUGAAAACUAACAAAGGCUUUGUCAAUCCAAGUACACAACCUGUUCAUUUUUCCUUAGAAUAUGGAAAUAAAAUAAAUCUUAAAAAGGAAUUUCCAAGUGUACCUUGGACUGUUGUCGAUAAUAGCUAUGGUGAUUCCAACAAAGAAUCUCGUUCUACAUGGAAGCAAUUUUUCACAUCACUUGGUGUCGUACAUUUUCUCGCUAUUGAGAAGAAAGAUGUGACAUUGAACAAAAAAGAAUUGGUGAAAUCUCCAUGGGCUGUGAUAAGCGAAUUUUGGGAGCAAGUAACCGGAAGUUAUAUAAUCAAAGAUUAUGCCUCAAGUGAGUUGGAAAUGUUGCUAUCUACUGGUCAUUGAGAGUUAAAAAAACUGGCUAAUAUCCUGGAUCAAGAUUGGGAUGAGAUGUAUCAACAAUACAUGAAUGAAGUGCCGUAUCUUGAUGAAAAUGGCAAAAAUCUUGGAGUAACGUUUUCCUCUUUUUGUCUCAAUCUGAAAGAAAAGGUUUGGCUUCCGGUUUUCUCAACUCAGUCCAAUGCCAAACCAUCAAAAUCUUUGCCCAGGGAUGCUUUUAUAAAUUCGCCAGAAAAUAUUCGCUUGCUGAAACAUUUUACCUUCUACGCUGACGUUGAACUUGCAAAUGAAAAUUUCAAGAAAGCGUUAGGUGUUAAAAAUAAUGUCACAUUCGAGUUUCUUGUCUCUGAGCUAUUAAAAUGGAUUGAAAUCAGUGUUGAUGACGAUAAAGAAUUCAUGACGAGUCUUCAACAUAUGAUCAACGUGUACAUAUUUUUGGAAAGUCAAACAAUGAAAAAUGAAAGCAACAAGAAAUACUUUGAUGACGCCACGAAGAACAAGCCAGUUAUAUUUGUUCCAAAUGACAAGAAAAUAUCCCUAGAUGUACCUACGUUUGGAAAGUUUUUGCCUCGUAAAAGCGGAUACUGGUCAGAUCCAACGAAAUUAAUGCAUCUCCUAAGCAUCGAUUUGCCGUUCAACGAUCAUAGACAGGUAUUGGAAAGCCUUUAUCCGAACAUUCUUCAAAAUUUUAUGAUUUCUGUGCUUGGCGUUGACUCCAAUCCAACGUUGAAGGAAUAUAUACAGCUUUUGGAGGCAAAUGCGUCACAACAAUCGAUAGCUAGUGGGCCAGUUGUUGAUAAUAUGAUGCGAAUUUUCUACGUGAUUGCAAAACAAUUAGCUAACGAUCCUGCAAACUAUACAGACUUUGUAAAGAUUCAACUAUCAAAUUUGAAUGUAUUUGCAACUACAGAAGAGAAAUGGGUGUCUUUGCAGCAGAAACCAUUAUUCUGCGAUAACAAAGCUGUUGGGAAGAUAUUUCAAGAAGAUCAUUCUGAAGAGACAAAUGACACAGUGAAUGACGGAAAAGUUUCCAGUGAAAAAGUUCACUUUAUUAAAAUGGGGUUGCAAUCAAAACGUCGUGCACGAAAAAAACAAAAUGAUCAUCUAUCAAACGAUGAAGAAAAUGCUGACAUUCGAAAAAGUGUGGAGAAGUUCUUCUAUAACGUUUGUAAAAUCAAAUAUGUCUCAGAGUGUGUCUCUACUGAAAUAAUCCCCAACAUGGUUUCAGAAUGUCACAACUUACAGCGUUUUUUUUUUCGUUGGAUUCCUUACAUCCAAAGAUAUAUCUACCAUAAACACGAAGACAAAUACGAAGAAUUGCAAGAAUCAAAAUUUCCAAGUUCUAUUUCUAAUUUGAAAUGUUUUUUAAGCGUGAACGAAAUAGAAGUGGUACAUCGGCUUUCAACACAUCCAAACGUGAAUGUUUCCGUAAAGAAAAAGUGUGCCAUUGAUCACCAGCACGAGUCAUUUAUUGUCUAUGUGACGGAAGAUGAUCUAAAAUGUAACAAGGAUAUUUUUCAAGAAAUUGCUCGUUUUUUUGUGCCAUCACAAAACACAGGAGAAUUUAGCAAUUUUUUGGAAGUCGUGACACAACGAUCUGAUGACUCCAUUGAAGACUAUAUGCAGUCCAUGGAUGCAGACAAUCUUCCCGAAGACGUCAUAGCGUGGUGCGUUCGGGAACCUCCGCCUAUGUUAACAGACGAUACAGUGCUGACAUCAGAGACGACGGUUGAUGAAAUGCCCCAAGUCAUUUCCUAUGAAAGUGACCCGUUGUCCAUGGAACGUCCCUCUAUGACGCAAGGCACAGACAGUGAGUCUGUGGGUCUUCAGUGCUGGCCUCCGCGAUCAUCAGCUAUGGCACGUGAUGAUCAAAUUCGAAGCAAGAAUCCUGCAAUCGAACAAACUUUGCUUACCGAACAGCCGCCACCUCCACCUAAAGUUUAUGAUAAUAUUCAACCUGCAAAUGACGUAAGUGACGCCAGCAACAUGGUAAUCCUAAACCUACGGAGCCUUAUACACCUGCAGAUUUAUGUUGAGCUUGAGGAAGUAGAUUUUUCUCAUGCAGUGAAUAUCAGUGAUUUAAAAAUAUUAACACAAAAUGCAAAUGCUGAAGAGAUCGGUCAUUGGGGAAAGCUUUGUUAUGCCUUUUUGAAAGCAAAUGCAAAAAAUGAAGUUAUUUGGAUGAAUGAAAUUAAGGAGUCAGGUUCACCUUACGAUAUAAAAAAUAUCGUGGACGGUGAACAGAUUUUCAUUGAAGUAAAAAGUACCGCAAGUUCUGAAAAAAAUUUGCUUGAGAUAUCCUCACAGGAAAUCAAGUGUGCAUUUGAAAAGCAAAAUAAUUACCAUUUGUACCGAGUGUACAAUGCAGGAAAACCACAAGAAUGCCGUAUUGAAAGACUUUGUAAUCUUGCAUACCAUCUUGAUCGAAAGUCCGUUCGCAUGUUUAUUAUUAUUUAGUCGAGAAUAAUUAACGUAACUUUUUAAUUGGGGUAUUUAAUACAUAUGUAGCACAUUUUUAAUGAAUAGUAAUGGCAAAAUAUAGCUUUCUCAAUUAGACCAUUAAGUACAUAUAUUGUACAUUUUUAUUGAAUAUUAAUUGUAAUUUAGUAGUACACUUCUAAUUUUAAUAUAUUUAGAAAGUUUUUCAUAAAUUAUAGAAAUUAUAUUAAUUCUAGUAUCAAA